AUUGAGGCUGUUGUUGUAGUACUAGAGCUUGUAGUGACGCACUAAGAGCCCUUUAAAGAGGAGGUCGAGGAUGUAUGAUUUGUAGGCUCGCAGUUGUAAUAGUAGAGGUGAUUGACUGUCUACCAGUGCAGAACUUGAAGCUGCAGAUAUGUUUUUAUUGGGUAAGAAUGUUGUGGUUGUUAGCCUAGUGAUUUUGAGCGAGCUCAAAGAGUUGCAUGUGGGUGAUAUUUUGGAGCUAUGGCUGCCUCUAGUAUGCGAAGCUGCAAUUGCAUGUUUAGAAAAGAGGAAUACAGUUUCACUCGUGCACUUGAGAUAUUAUUGGUUUUUUUUUUGUAAAAAUUUUUUGAAGUUGCUUUUAGCAUUACUCCUAAUUGCACGUGAUGCUGCCACAAUCUGUUAUUCA